CAGUUUUAAAAACAUGGUGGCUUACUGGUUCAAUACAUAACAGUGGCGCCGUCAACUAGCCGAUUCUCGCUCUUGUUAAUUCAUGAAUACGAGAAUAUUAGUAUUAAAGUGGAUUCUGCACAAUGCCGAAAUAUUAUGAGGAUAAAGAGGAAGACAGCAGAGCCUGCGCGGGCAUCAGAGAGGACUUCAAAGCGUGUCUCCUUCAGCACGACUGCGUCGUAAAGGAGGGGAAGAUGCCCAGUGAGUGUCUGAAGGAAGGCCACUGUAAAGCCCUGCAGACAGCCUUCUUUGAGUGCAAGAGGUCAAUGCUGGACACAAGGUCAAGAUUCAGAGGACGGAAAGGAAAUUGAGGAAGCACGUGGACGCUGAUGCUGCCGUGUGGUCGAGUGAACACUG